AUGGGGGAAAAUCAAACAGAAAUGGUGAGGGAGUUUGUCCUGGCAGGCUUCUCACAGACUUCGUCUAUCGAGGAAGGCUUAUUUGUUUUAUUUCUUUUCUUCUAUGUGCUCACUUGGGUGGGCAAUGUCCUUAUCAUGGCCACUGUGAUUUCUGAUAACUCUCUGAAGGCAUCACCCAUGUAUUUCCUUCUUGGCAACCUCUCAUUCCUGGACUUGUGUUAUUCCACAGUGACUACCCCUAAGCUGUUGGCCGACUUCCUUGACAGUAAAAAGCUCAUUCCCUUUGAACAAUGCAUGGUGCAGCUCUUCUUUUUGCAUUUUGUAGGGGCAGCUGAGAUGUUCCUGCUCACGGUGAUGGCUUACGAUCGCUAUGUUGCCAUCUGCCGUCCCCUGCACUAUACAACUGUCAUGACUCAGGGACUAUGCUGUGUGUUGGUGGGUGCCUCAUGGAUGGGAGGAUUUGUGCACUCCACUGUCCAGACUUUUCUCAUGAUCAGUCUGCCCUUUUGUGGACCAAAUGAGGUAGACAACUUCUUUUGUGAUGUGCCUCCUGUCAUCAGACUUGCAUGCACAGACACCUUUGUCAUUGAAUUGCUCAUGGUUUCUAACAGCGGACUGAUCUCCACCAGCUCCUUUGUGGUGCUGAUUUCUUCCUACACCACCAUCCUGGUCAAGAUUCGCUCCAAGGAGGGAAGGCGAAAGGCACUUUCCACCUGUGCCUCACACCUCAUGGUGGUAACACUCUUUUUUGGACCCUGUAUUUUCAUCUAUGCACGUCCCUUCUCCACUUUUUCUGUGGACAAGAUGGUAUCUGUACUCUACAACGUUAUUACCCCCAUGCUGAACCCUCUCAUCUACACACUUCGGAACAAAGAAGUCAAAUCAGCCAUAAGGAGGCUUUGGGACAGGAGUAGAAUUAAUUGGACAAAGCAGGAGACAGGAAACAUUGAAAUGAGUUUUUGA